GCAAUAACCAGACGAUUCAUUGCGAAGUUCUCUGAUGUUUUUAAUUGCUUAACUUUGAGGCAGAAAUGGAGGACGAAUUUCAAAACUUCCUGCAGAAAGUGAACGAAGUCGGGGACAUUGUGAAAGGAUUAGCCUCAAAAAAUUCUCAAGAUCAUGAAAGAGCUAUACGGAAAGCAGAUCUUUAUCUCCGGUCUGAUGAAAAAGAAUUUGACGAAGAUGGCAUUUUCACAAAACUGGAUAAGACAGUUGUGAACAAGUGUCAUAUAAAUGACAGUGAUGGUGAAACCAUGAGUGUAGAAGCAUUCAUGGCAAUUACAGAAAAAGAUGCCAAAAAACGUGCUGAAGAUAGAAGACAGCGCAGGGAAAUAGCCGACAACUUUAAGAAACAAGCUAAUGCUGCAUUUGGUGAAAAGGAUUAUGCAAAGGCUUUAGAUUUAUACAACAAGGCAAUUGAUCAGGUAAAAGAUAGUGGGAUCCUCUAUACAAAUCGUGCAACAACUUUACUUAAGCUCGGUCUGUAUUCACGUGCAGUUGAUGAUUGCGAAUGGGCACUAAGAGUAAACAGAGAUAAUUUACGAGCCUGGCUGUUGAAGGCUAAAGCACAUCAUUUUCUUGAGCAGACUGAAGAAAAAGCAGAAUGCUUGCGUGAAGCUAGGGAGCGCCAUCCGAACAGUGGAAACACCAUUACAGAAUAUAUGGAGUCAUGGAAUGAACAGUAAACAUAGGACUUCCAAAAAAUAAAGGGAACAUAGUGAAAAAUAAAAUACAAGAGCAGUAAAUUAAGCCAGAGCUUAAUGUAUCAUGAACAUCUCACUGGACAACACUUGGAGCUUUUAACUUAUUUUAACAAUGUAAGUUAUUACUGAAACUUAAACCAUCACAUUAUUUAAUAUAUAAUUGGUAAACACAAACUAUUAAUGAAAUGAUUUAUAAUUGUUGUAAUGGGAGUAAGUAAA